AUCCCAAAUCCCUAAGCAGCGCGUGUACUAACCAACGAAACCCAGAGGGCAGAGACUCUCUUUCUCUGACCUUGAUUUACCAAAACUCCGCAGACAUGUCAACAACAUGAACGACACCACUUCCCCCAGAGUUUCAGAUUAAAAAUUUUCCACGCUUACUCCACGUUUUGUAAUAAUUUUGUUUGCUUAUAUCAGACCAAAAUAAGAAUUAAAUUUCUCCUAGAGAGAGUGAGAGAGAAUUAGUUUGUUGAGCUCUCAUUUUCAAUUGUUUGAUCCCUUUGCUUGGUUUGUUUGUUAGUUCCCAUAUGUUUGACUCUAGUUGAAGCAAUCUCUCUUUCUCUUUCCCCCUAAUGGGCAGUGGGUUUGUAUCAUUUUCUUGUAUCUAUCUUGUACAUCAGCUUGUAAACAUAUCUUUUUUCUUGGAGGGGAAUUGAAGUUGAAGUCUUCCCUUUUUUUUUUUUUAAUUUUCUAUUAUUUGUGAAAUGGGAUGCUGGGGUUUUGACAUGAUCACCAGGGAAUAUUUGGGUUCUUUAUGGAUCUCAAGGAGGAGGAGAUUAGGUUUUGUGUUUAGGGUUGUUUUUGGAUUAUGGUUAGGUAUUGUUCUGUUAAAGCCAGUGGCUGGAUUGAGACCGAUAAGAGAGAGGGCUCGGUCAUGGGGCGAUGAGUGGCUAUUUGUUAGAAAAGAUGAAAGCGAAUUGGGUCCAUUUCAAGCAUGGAACAUAACAGGAACUUAUCGAGGGACUUGGAAAUUUCUGGAGUCUAGGAAUAGCUCUUCCAAAUUUCCUGAUUUCAGGAAAUCGGCUGGUGAUUCAGUUAUUGAAUUAGUUAGCACACCAACAAAAAUAACUGGUGUACAUUAUGUUCAGGGUGUAAUUAUUUUCCAUGAUGUGUUUGAUAACAAACACAAUGUUGGUGGUACUCAAAUAAGAGUAGAGGGUGUAUAUAUAUGGCCUUUUAGACAGCUUCGAAUGGUAGCUAACAGUGGAAAGGAGGGUGAGUUGAGUCAGGAGGAAGAUUAUAUUUUGUCUAACCCCUAUCAUUUGCUUGGAGUUUUCUCAUCUCAGGUGUUCCAAGAAUCUCCAAGAAACAAAAUGUGGAGAAGAAAAAAUUCACCAAUUUAUAAGAUGGAGAAACAUUGCAAUAUAGAAAUUGCAGCCCAAAUUGUGCGCAUUUCAUCCGUCCAAAAUGAUGGAGAUCAUGAUCGUUAUCACAUCGAAGGAUUGAUGGAGAGUCCUGCAGUGGAUGAUGAUGGAGAUUGUUUCUCACCUUUACUAUUAAAUGCAACUUCUGUCAACAUUGAAGUCUACUACAACAAAGCAGUCAACUAUACCUUAAUGGUCACCUUUGUCUCUUUCCUCCAAGUUCUUUUGUUAAUUCGGCAAAUGGAACACAGCAACACGCAAUCGGGAGCUGCUAAAGUUUCAAUUUUAAUGAUUGGCCAACAGGCUAUCAUGGAUGCUUAUCUUUGCCUCUUACAUCUCACUGCAGGAAUACUGGUUGAAUCCUUAUUUAAUGCUUUUGCAACUGCGGCAUUCUUCAAGUUUGUAGUCUUUUCAAUUUUUGAGAUGAGGUACCUUCUCGCAAUAUGGAAGGCAAGUAGGCCUAUGAAUAAUGGCGAAGGUUGGGAGACAAUGAGGCGUGAGCUAUCAGUUCUAUAUAGCCGUUUCUAUGGGAUCCUUUUAGGAGGUAUUUUGGUCAUGUACGAGUUUCAUAAUUUCUUGCGGCCAAUACUUCUCCUUUUCUACUCCUUUUGGAUACCUCAAAUAAUCACCAAUGUUAUUCGUGAUUCAAGAAAACCUUUACAUCCUCAUUACAUUAUGGGCAUGACUAUUACUCGGCUAGCAAUCCCAUUAUAUAUAUUCGGAUGCCCUCACAACUUCAUGCGUAUUGAGCCUGACAAGAGCUGGUGUAUCUGUUUGGGUGUAUUCAUUGGACUUCAAGCAUCUAUUCUUCUUCUUCAGCACUAUCUUGGAUCUCGAUGGUUUAUUCCUCGUCAGAUCCUACCUGAGAAAUAUAGCUACUAUAGAAGAUUUGAUCAAGAUACAAAUCGAGCCACAGACUGUGUCAUUUGUAUGACUGCUAUUGAUCUCACACAGCGUUCAAGUGAUUGCAUGGUAACACCAUGCGAUCAUUUCUUUCAUUCUGGUUGUUUACAAAGGUGGAUGGACAUAAAGAUGGAGUGCCCAACUUGCCGGCGAUCAUUACCACCAGCUUAAAGAAAACUUUCCACUUUAUGUAUACAACAUGGGAUCCAUUGACAAGCCCCAACUUAUUCAUUGCGGUAAUGACUCAAUGCCAAUCUUGAAGUUGACAUUUUUUUUAUCAGAUGUCAACCACAUAACAAAAUAUAGAAUGCUUGACUAGUACCAUUGAGAAGAGGUAUCUUUGUUGCUUCUUGUGAGGGAUUUAUAAUUUGAUUCUUCAUUUGUAAUCUAGUGAAUUCUGAACAUCAAAACUUGUCUUCCUUUCCAAGUUUUCUUGGUGAGUUGCUCUUAGUUUGCUUUGCUUAUCUCGGACAAGUAAAGCGCUAUCCUUAAAUGUUUCAUCCGAGUUGCUUGUAUAUUUUGCUUCAGGUGGAGAAAAUAUUGCAGUGCCUACUUUUUGGCUGGGUCCAUUUUCAGAAGAUUACUGAGAUACAGCAUAAGCAAUUUAAAAUUUAUCACUACCGACACUGUAACAGUUUGUAGGCUGUUCUUGUUUUCAUUGUGUAAUUGUAUAAAUCUGAUACACUUUAAGAUUUCUCUUACCAAGAACAAAUUGCCUUGGAAAAAAAGAGUGCAAAUUGAUUUCAUCACA